UGGUGACGGUAUCUGUCUCUUUAAGGUCUUUUACAGUAGUGGUGGUGGUGACGGUCUCUGUCUCGUUAGGGUCUUUUGCAGUAGUGGUGAUGGUGACGGUAUCUGUGAUGGUUUUUGUCUGGUUAGGGCUUUUUACAGUAGUGGUGGUGGUGAUGGUUUUGGGAGCCUUAGAUACCGUAAUAGUUUUGGUCUUGGUCUUGGUCUCUGUUCUGGUCUUAGUCUUGGUCUUGGUCUUAGUUACAGUAGGAGUAUGAUAGCAUUUAUUCCUGGUAAUAGUUACGGUAUUACGGCAGUUUCGGUUGUUGGUUGCCUCAACAACAUUCAAUGUUAAAAAACAAA